AUGAAACGCAAGAAAUUGCACGGAAGAGAGUAUGAUGAUAAUGUGGUCAAUAAUAUUAUUGAUGCUGUUGUGGAUAACAGGAACUUAAAUAUUACUCUUCUUCUAACACUUCGAGAUUGCUUACAAAAUUUGAAAGAUGAUGAAUCUAAAGUACAACUUGUAAAAUCAAGAAUUGAGCAAAAAUUUCUGAUAGUUUUACUUUGUCAAUAUGGAGCUAUGCAGUCAGAAAGGGAUAAGACUAUCUUUGAUAUUCUCAGCGUGUUAGAAAGGUCGUAUCAAACUCCUCUGAAACCUUUAUUUCCACUAGUAUGGGGAGAACGAGCUAAAGAUAAUUAUGAUAAGCUAAGACAGUUGGGUCAGGCUUUGCAUACCAAACUCACCACUGAUCAGGUUUUGGAUUAUUUGAAUCCCAAGCUUAUGUGGAAUACAUUACUUGGAUCGGAACAAACUACUGCUGUCAAUAUGUUUGGACAAGAAAAUUCCAAUCAGUUAUAUGACGCUCGGUUCAUACUUCGACUUUUGGCAACAUUGAUCAGUGAUGAUAGUGAGAUGAACUUUCGAAAAUUUAUUGAUGUGAAUGGCUUAUCAUUUGCAUUUGCAGCUACAGCUUUCGUCAAUCGUAGUGAACGUUGCAUUGCUUAUUUUGUCCUAAGCCGUUUUUUAUCUCGGCUAACAAAGCUGAAUUCAGAGUUGCUUGCGGAAAGAUGUUUGUAUAUUUAUUUGUUACAAAUUUUCAAGAACAGUAUUCAAACUCCUAUGCAACGAUUGCCACAUGCUGUUGCACAUUUCUUUGCUAGAGUUACCAAGUUGAUUUUACAUCCUGAAGAUCCAGUCUACCAGCCAGUGAUGUCAUUUUUGUUGCUGAAACCAAGUGUUGAUAUUGGAAAUGUUCCAGAAAUUUACAAACUCCUUUUAAGUUCGAGCACUCAAUAUCAUAAUGAAGAAAGGCAUUGGUGUUUGCGUCUGAUAUUAGAUUCACUUAUUGAACCUAACGAUUACAAUAUUCUCCAAAAAAGAUAUGGAAUUAAAUUGUUUUUAUCACUAUUUGGAAGCAUUGUUGCUGACAGAGAAACAAAAAAAUAUAUUUUAUUAUGUCUUCGUUCUAUCUUGGUACAUCGAUCAGUCGCAAAUGAUUUGUAUAUUCGGCAAAAUUUUCAGUCCUGGAUUGUUUUGACUUUUCAGGAUACUUCAUUAACUCGUUGGGAGCGAGUAUUUUUGUGCCAGUUGUUUAUCACGCUUAUUAGUCAUGUUAAAGAACUUCAUUGUAAGGGCAGUACUGAGAUCAAAGGUGCAAAAUUGCAUAAAGAUGUUGUUUCCAAAACAUGCGAAAUUUUAGGAAAGAAAGUAUGUGAAGAGUUAGAGAAAGAAAAUGAUGAUGGAAAGUAUACAUGGUUGCCAAAGUUACGAAAACUAUUAUGUGAGUGA